AUGCCUGGAGAUAAAGGACAGAAGGGAGAUAUUGGUCUCCAGGGACUAUCUGGAACCCCAGGAAAGGAUGGUCGGGCUGGAUCCAUCUGUGUGGUGGGACCCAAGGGACAGAAGGGUACCUCUGGAAAAUUGGGGCCUGAAGGACUAGCAGGAGAACCGGGAAAACCCGGACUUCCAGGAUUGCCAGGAAUUGGAAAACCAGGCCUGCCAGGCCUGCCAGGCACUCCUGGAGGACCUCCUGGAUCGAAGGGAGACAAGGGUCAUUCUGGGACACCAGGGAAAGAUGGAGAACCAGGAGAUCCUGGUCCUAGGGGUCCUGGUGGUGGUAAAGGAGAUAAGGGUGACCCAUGUGAGGUGUGUCCCAUCCUGUCUGCAGACCUGGGCAACACUGUGGCCCUCCACGGGAAGACGGGGCCCAAAGGAGAGCCUGGGGUCCCUGCGAUAGGAGACCAUGGCCUCCCGGGUCUUCAAGGAGCAGAUGGGAAGGCAGGAGAGAAGGGAGAGGUGGGGUCGGAUGGUGUCAAAGGGGAAAAGGGUGAUGCAUGUGCUGUGUGCCCCACCCUGAGUGAAAUACCUGCUGCCAACCUUGUUGCCAUGGAACAAAUCCUGAAACACAAAGGAGAGAGAGGAAAACCUGGACUGGGACAGAAGGGAGAACAGGGGGAACCUGGAGUCAGUGGCCUGGCAGGGCUGAGAGGAGAGAAGGGUAACACUGGUGGCAAAGGAGCUGACGGUAAAACGGGCAAAGCUGGACCCAGAGGACCCAGUGGCAAGGAUGGACUGAAGGGGAUAACGGGAGAUCCAGGGAUCUGGUCUAGGAACUCCAGGCCUAAAGGAGAGAAGGUGAAUGGGACGUCCUUCGUCAAGGUGCUAGCGGGUGAAACUGGCCCUCCAGGGCCGCUGGGCCUGCAGGAGGAGGGCACCGUGAGGCAACCAGCUUAA